AUGUCUCUUAAACUACUACUCUUCAUUGGGGUGGUGGCUCUUGCCACUUCUUGCCUGGCUGAGCUAAAAUUGCCGAUUCAUGAGAAACCACAACCGGUUCACAAACCACCAUCAUUUCACAAGCCACCCGUUUAUGAGCUAGAAGGACAUCAUAAACCACCAUUUCACAAGCCACCUGUGCAUAAACCCCCGGUUUAUGAUACAGAAGAACUUCACAAACCACCAUUUCACAAGCCACCAGUGCAUAAACCCCCGGUUUAUGAUACUGAAGAACUUCACAAACCACCAUUUCACAAGCCACCAGUUCACAAACCUCCGUCAGUUAAUUAUGAAACAGAAGAACUUCACAAACCACCAUUCCACAAGCCCCCAGUGCACAAACCACCAACAGUUGAUACCGAAGAACUUCACAAACCACCAUUUCACAAGCCACCAGUGCACAAACCCCCGUCAGUUAAUUAUGAAACUGAAGAACUUCACAAACCACCAUUCCACAAGCCCCCAGUACACAAACCACCAACAGUUGAUAUCGAAGAACUUCACAAACCACCAUUCCACAAGCCCCCAGUACACAAACCACCAACAGUUGAUACCGAAGAACUUCACAAGCCACCAUUCCACAAGCCCCCAGUACACAAACCACCAUCAGUUGAUCCCGAAGAACUUCACAAACCACCAUUCCACAAGCCCCCAGUACACAAACCACCAACAGUUGAUACUGAAGAACUUCACAAACCGCCAUUUCACAAGCCACCAGUACACAAACCCCCUUCAAUUAAUUAUGAAACUGAAGAACUUCACAAACCUCCAUCUCACAAGCCCCCACAUGUUCCUGAACUACAAGAACACCACAAACCACCUUCUUACAAGCCCCCAGUACACAAACCACCUGUAGCUUUCCUGGCAGGAAAUGCGCGUAAAACUCUACCUAGACAGCAAAUAGAGGGCACAGUUAAUCCCGAGGGAGUGAAGCCAGAAGGACAUCACAAACCACCAUUUCACAAGCCACCAGUUCAUCACCCAUAGAGAGGUACCAGUGCAAGAGCUUGCAUGAUCAAGUUGCAUAAUGUAUCCCUAAUGAGUUACUAGUAAUGUUUGGUCUGAAAUAAGAGAGUUGCUGCUUAAUGAACUUUAGCUUCAUAUAACCAGUAUCAAUCAUCGUCUGUAUUGAGAAUGCUUGUAAGAUGAGCAAUAGCUCAAUGCAUUUUUUUUUUGCAUGUUUUAAAUUAUGAGUGUGUUGUUCGUUGAGUAACUUCUUGUAAUCUGUAUGACACAUGUGUGCAUUUUGUUCAA